GCCUCGUCCCUCCUGCCGUUCUGAGCGACUUCCGCGCUGCCCAAUCAGCACUCGCGAUGGCUCGGGUUCUAACCACUGAGAGGCGCGAUGGGGCGGGCCUCCGCCGGUAGCCGGGUAGGUAGCGGUAGUGGCGGUUGCCCUGCGAGAGGCCGGGAGCGGCGGUGGCGGCCGAGGGAGGGCGCGAGCUCCGUUUAAAGGGCCAGCGAGGUCGCGCGGAAGUUGUGAGGAGGUUAGCGGUUACCGGCCCGGUGGUGCCCGGGGGCUCGGCCGGGAGCCCCCCUCCGGACGGCGGGGCCGGGGGGCCAGCAGCGGCAUGGAGCAGGCAGCGCCCAAGAGGGCGCGUAAGGUCAUCUGGAUGACAAAUGUCAAGUUCAUCCUGAAAAUGAUGGGACGAAAGUCAAACUGAAAAAGCUAAGUGAAGAUAGUUUAACGAAGCAGCCUGAAGAAGUCUUUGAUGUUCUGGAGAAACUCGGUGAAGGGUCUUAUGGUAGCGUGUUUAAAGCAAUACACAAAGAGUCUGGACAAGUUGUAGCAAUUAAACAGGUCCCUGUGGAGUCAGAUCUUCAAGAAAUAAUUAAAGAAAUUUCUAUAAUGCAACAAUGUGACAGUCCCUAUGUUGUCAAGUACUAUGGCAGCUAUUUUAAGAACACAGAUCUAUGGAUUGUUAUGGAAUAUUGUGGAGCUGGCUCUGUUUCGGACAUAAUUAGACUUCGUAAUAAAACGCUAACAGAAGAUGAAAUUGCAACUAUUCUGAAAUCGACUCUUAAAGGACUUGAAUACUUGCACUUUAUGAGAAAAAUACAUAGAGAUAUAAAGGCUGGAAACAUUCUUCUUAACACCGAGGGACAUGCAAAAUUAGCUGACUUUGGUGUGGCUGGCCAGUUAACAGAUACAAUGGCAAAACGUAAUACUGUUAUAGGAACUCCAUUUUGGAUGGCUCCUGAAGUAAUACAAGAGAUUGGCUAUAACUGCGUGGCAGACAUCUGGUCCCUUGGUAUCACUUCAAUAGAAAUGGCUGAAGGAAAACCUCCAUAUGCUGAUAUUCAUCCAAUGAGGGCUAUUUUUAUGAUUCCUACAAAUCCCCCUCCAACCUUCCGGAAGCCAGAGCUCUGGUCUGAUGAGUUCACAGAUUUUGUGAAGAAAUGCUUAGUAAAAAAUCCUGAACAAAGAGCUACAGCAACACAGCUGCUACAGCAUACAUUUAUUAAGAAUGCCAAGCCAGUUUCAAUUUUAAGGGACCUGAUCACUGAAGCUAUGGAGAUAAAAGCAAAGCGACAUGAGGAACAGCAGAGAGAACUGGAAGAGGAGGAAGAAAAUUCGGAUGAAGAUGAGCUGGACUCUCACACCAUGGUGAAGACCAGUUCAGAGAGCGCUGGUACCAUGAGGGCCACAAGCACGAUGAGUGAAGGCGCUCAGACAAUGAUUGAACACAAUAGCACUAUGUUAGAAUCUGACUUGGGGACCAUGGUAAUAAAUAGUGAUGAUGAUGAAGAAGAAGAUGGGACCAUGAAAAGAAAUGCUACUUCACCGCAAGUUCAAAGACCUUCUUUCAUGGACUACUUUGAUAAACAAGAUUCCAAGAAUAAAAGCCCUGAAAACUGUAAUCAGAACAUGCAUGAACCUUACCACAUAUCCAAAAACGUUUUCCCUGAUAACUGGAAAGUCCCUCAAGAUGGAGACUUUGAUUUCUUAAAGAAUCUGAGUUUAGAAGAAUUACAGAUGCGAUUAAAGGCUUUGGACCCUAUGAUGGAACGAGAAAUUGAGGAGCUUCGUCAGAGGUACACUGCAAAGAGGCAACCUAUCCUAGAUGCGAUGGAUGCGAAGAAAAGGAGGCAACAAAAUUUCUGAGUUUGUUUUACUUUCAGAGAUAAUACUAUGAGUCAGUGUGGACACUGCUAACUUAAGUCUGAAGGAAUUUGAUUAUGAGAGUUGUCAAAAACCCAAUCUUUUGAAUAUUCCUCCACAAGCAAUGACAAUUGGAGCAGUGAAAGAACAUACAUACGCUGUUCUGCAAAGGCAGCACAACUUAUUACCACUCAUUUAUAUUUUCAAAUGUUUAACGUAAUUGAAGUUUAAUCUGUUGCUUCCCAGUCUUUUCAGGUGUACAGUGGUAACUUAGUGUUGUACAUUAGGAGUUGUGUUUUGGAGCACCUGGAACGAUUUCUUGAUUGUGCAACACUACAGAGCCUUAUGUUGCAAUACAUUUUCCUCCCACUUAGUAGCAUAUUUAUUAUGUAAUCUUUGGUUCUACUAUUUAUUUUG